CGGGCGGCCCCCGACCGCGGCUGACUGCAGCGCACACGACCGCGACCCUGCUCGGCGGCCGGACCCCCAGGACCCCCAGCGCCAAGCCCGCGGCCCCGCAGCCUCCCAGGCCCCCUCUGCGCGGCGCCGUCCGCCUCCAGCUCCCGGCAAGGACCCGGCUCGCAGCCGCCUUCCUCGCCCGCCGCCCCCAGACCCCCGGCUCGGUGCGCGGCCGAGAGCGCGCGGCAGCGCCAUGGCCAAAGGCACGGCGAUCGGCAUCGACCUGGGCACGACCUACUCGUGCGUGGGCGUGUUCCAGCACGGCAAGGUGGAGAUCAUCGCCAACGACCAGGGCAACCGCACGACGCCCAGCUACGUGGCCUUCACCGACACGGAGCGGCUGAUCGGCGACGCGGCCAAGAACCAGGUGGCGCUGAACCCGCAGAACACCGUGUUCGACGCGAAGCGGCUGAUCGGCCGCAAGUUCGGCGACCCGGUGGUGCAGGCCGACAUGAAGCACUGGCCGUUCCAGGUGGUGAGCGAGGGCGACAAGCCCAAGGUGCAGGUGAGCUACAAGGGCGAGAGCAAGGCGUUCUACCCGGAGGAGAUCUCGUCCAUGGUGCUGAGCAAGAUGAAGGAGAUCGCCGAGGCGUACCUGGGCCAGCCGGUGAGCAACGCGGUGAUCACGGUGCCGGCCUACUUCAACGACUCGCAGCGGCAGGCCACGAAGGACGCGGGGGUGAUCGCGGGGCUGAACGUGCUGCGCAUCAUCAACGAGCCCACGGCGGCCGCCAUCGCCUACGGGCUGGACCGCAGCGGCAAGGGCGAGCGCAACGUGCUCAUCUUCGACCUGGGCGGGGGCACGUUCGACGUGUCGGUGCUGACGAUCGACGACGGCAUCUUCGAGGUGAAGGCCACGGCGGGCGACACGCACCUGGGCGGCGAGGACUUCGACAACCGGCUGGUGGGCCACUUCGUGGAGGAGUUCAAGCGGAAGCACAAGAAGGACCUGAGCGGGAACAAGCGCGCGGUGCGGCGGCUGCGCACGGCGUGCGAGCGCGCCAAGAGGACCCUGUCGUCCAGCACGCAGGCCAACCUGGAGAUCGACUCGCUGUUCGAGGGCAUCGACUUCUACACGUCCAUCACCAGGGCGCGGUUCGAGGAGCUGUGCUCGGACCUGUUCCGCGGCACGCUGGAGCCCGUGGAGAAGGCGCUGCGCGACGCCAAGCUGGACAAGGCGCAGAUCCACGACGUGGUGCUGGUGGGCGGCUCCACGCGCAUCCCCAAGGUGCAGAAGCUGCUGCAGGACUUCUUCCACGGGCGCGACCUCAACAAGAGCAUCAACCCGGACGAGGCGGUGGCCUACGGGGCGGCGGUGCAGGCGGCCAUCCUGAUGGGCGACCAGUCGGAGAAGGUGCAGGACCUGCUGCUGCUCGACGUGGCGCCGCUGUCGCUGGGGCUGGAGACGGCGGGCGGCGUGAUGACGCCGCUGAUCAAGCGCAACUCCACCAUCCCCACCAAGCAGACGCAGGUGUUCACCACCUACUCGGACAACCAGCCCGGCGUGCUGAUCCAGGUGUACGAGGGCGAGCGGGCCAUGACGCGCGACAACAACCUGCUGGGGCGCUUCGAGCUCAGCGGCAUCCCGCCGGCGCCGCGCGGCGUGCCGCAGAUCGAGGUCACCUUCGACAUCGACGCCAACGGCAUCCUGCACGUCACGGCCACCGACAAGAGCACGGGCAAGGCCAACAAGAUCACCAUCACCAACGACAAGGGCCGCCUGAGCAAGGAGCAGAUCGAGCGCAUGGUGCAGGAGGCCGAGAAGUACAAGGCCGAGGACGAGGUGCAGCGCGAGCGCGUGGCGGCCAAGAACGCGCUCGAGUCCUACGCCUUCCACGUGAAGAGCGCCGUGGAGGACGACGGGCUCAAGGGCAAGAUCAGCGAGGCGGACAAGCGGCGGGUGCUGGACAAGUGCCAGGAGGUCAUCUCCUGGCUGGACGCCAACACCCUGGCCGACAAGGACGAGUUCGAGCACAAGCGGAAGGAGCUGGAGCAGGUGUGCAACCCGGUCAUCAGCGGGCUCUACCAGGGUGCGGGCGGCCCCGGGGCCGGGGCCGGCGGGGGCUUCGGGGCUGCGGGCGCCAGGGGCGGCCCUGGGUCCGGGCCCACCAUCGAGGAGGUCGAUUAGGGACAUUUCCUUUAUUUCACUAAUUUGCGAUAUAACUGGGACUGAAAGACUUUACUGUUGUCCUUUUUUACUUAAGUCACCCGUCUACUUGGUAAGUUGCUUUUAAAGUUAUAACUUGAUAGUAAUUAGCUCUUCUUUGUUAUUAGUUCGUUGUAACCUAGAUAUUCGUUGGAGUUUUUGUAGUUAAUCUAAGUUUGUACUGUAAGAUUGUCUUCUUCCUCUCAAAUGAAUCAAUACUGCCACCGUCUGUACAACUUUGCUUUGUAAAUCAUCACAGUGUAGGGAUGCUUAUUUUUAUAUUUUGUUUAUUCAGCUAUGAUUAAUAAAAUACUGAAAAUGUU